AUGCUGUUUAGACGAAAUCCCAACUUGAAACUUCGCGGGGGCGAGCAAAAGCUUGCCAUGAAGGCCGGUGAUGACACGGAGCUAGUGACCAUGCUUCUCCAGGCUGGCUCUGCGAAUAUGGAUGGGUGGAAGGACUUCCUUGAGCAAGCCAUUCUGAGGCAAAACCCGAGAUCGACGAUUAGUCUACUAUUCUCGAUGGACCACGAUGGCCAUGCGGCUAUCGACCCUGCAACAAUUCUACGAGCCGCCAUAUUAGUUGGUCAGCAAGACAUGGCUUACCGGCAGGUCGCAGUGUGCAAGUAUGACUCUCGGGCACUGUUUGAAACUGUAUCUCAGUCGCACAGAUACAAGGAUUACCAAAAGAUUGUGGAGCGACUGCUGGAAACCCGCCCAAAUAUACCGAAUGACAGCUUCGAGGUCCUCGCAGUAGCCUCCGCGGCCAGAUAUCACGACAAGUCCCUUCUGGGCGUCCUCAUGAAAGCCUUGGGACAGGGGCCAUGGGUUGCGCGGUUUCCCGAACCAUGGGCGGACGACGAAGACAUGUUUCGGUCUCGUUGGGUACCUACCGACGAUGAGCCUGGUACUCCAGGACAUAUCCUCGAUUAUGCUGCCGCCCUCAAAAGAUUCUGCGAUGACGAGGCAGUCAUAAAGUCGCUGUUGGAAGCCAAUGUACCUGCAGAAGGGAUGAAAAUCGCAAUUUUCCACGACCUGUCCGCAGAAACAUGGAAAAAAUUGAUUGCAGCCGGGGCAAAUCCAAAACACCCGGACCUUCUUUUGUCGGCUGUGGGAUACGAUAUGUUGGCACAUGUCGAAGUCCUCUGCGAAGCUCAAGCCCCCGUGAACGCGAUGCACAGGUUCAAUGUACCGACUUCAGACUACCAGGCCAGUAGGACUGCCGUACAACUAGCUGUUGAGAUUGGCAGUCCGGAAAUGCUUCAAAUGCUGGUCCAUUGUGGUGGCGAUGUGGAACACCCUGCCGGGUAUUAUCGUGGAGGCACCUGCCUACAGCUCGCUGCUGGUGCAGGAAACAUUGGCCUCGUCCGCCUCCUACUCGACAAAGGCGCCAAGGUGAACGCAAGGAGGUCGCUUUUUUACGGCAGAACUUCCAUCGAAAUCGCUGCGGAAAACGGAAGGCUGGACAUAGUGAAGUUGUUACUACUCCAAGACAAGCAACUUUACCAGACAACUGCGGAACGAUACCAGUUCAUUCGAGCAACCAAAAUGGCAAAGGACAAUGGUCAUGGAGUCAUUAACAAGAUUUUGAGAGAGCAUAUCAACUGGAACAACGAAGACCAGCAACUGUUUGAUGAGAUACAGGGCUCUACCUACAUGAUCAUUCACCUCGAUGACAUGACAGAAAUGCUUCUCGACAGCGAAAGACGCAGUUCUGAGUUCUGGAGUACUCUAGAUGCAGUCAGGAGCAUGAUCGGGCUUCAAAACAUAUUUGAAACAGACGGGAUCGAGCAAUGGAUUGGGGAGUUCGCUGAAGAAACGUCAGAUGACGGCACUACUGCUGGGAUUGACUGCGGCUUUGAAGGAGAAGACAGCAUGACCCCGGAAAAUGGAUUCGCUACAAGUCAGUUUCGCACGGCGACACAGGAAACCAUAGUACCAGCUGGAGAACCCACAAGUCAAGCAGAGCUUCAGUCAGACUUGUUGCAGCCUGGAGAGGUCUUGCCGGCGUAUAAAGACACCCACGAUGCUUUGGUAGAACCAGCGGAUCUGCAAAGCGAUCUGACCGGCCUGCAGUCAGCUGGGCAAUGGCACGCGUGGAAGGUUGAUUCGGAAACGAGUAGAUCCACACAUGCCUCCGCUCCUCGAGCUCUUCGCUACCAGGACAAUAAUCCUAUGUGGCUUGACAUGGGAGACAAUGAUAUCAACAACAUGAUGCAGGACCUCUCCGGCGGCCUAGGCACGCAAAAUAGGAUGGUGGAAACCCUGGCGCAUCGACCUGCAACACAGAAUGUGGAUCGAGAACUUAGCAUGGUGUUAGGGGAGGUGCUCGAUGAAGCACCACACAUCAAAGACAUGGGCGAUGUCGAUGUCGGUCACAAUGGAGUGGGCAAUAUUGGCGAAGCAGAACAUACGCAUAGGUCGCAGUUCAAUUGGGGAGUAUGGGAUGAUGAAACAUUCGCGCUUCACACUAAACAAUUGUAA